CCUCCUCCACCUCCACCACCUCCUCCUCCUCCCUGCCGCUAAAGACAUUUUGAUCGUCCUCCCCGGUUCCCCCCACCACCCGGACUCGAACAUCAUCACUCCGCCUGCCUCAUCCUGCUCAUCCUCCUCCACCACCACCACCGGAACAUGUCGGGACAGUCUUUGACGGACCGGAUCGCCGCCGCGCAGCACAGCAUGACCGGGUCUGCCAUCAGCAAAGCCGUGUGCAAGGCCACGACGCACGAAGUCAGCGGACCCAAGAAGAAGCACCUUGACUACCUGAUCCACUGCACCAAUGAGAUGAACGUCAGCAUCCCCCACCUGGCAGACACACUGCUGGAGCGCACAGCCAGCAACAGCUGGAUAGUGGUUUUCAAGGCGCUCAUCACCACACACCACCUCAUGAUGUACGGCAACGAGAGAUUGAUGCAGUACCUUGCCUCCAGAAACACACUCUUCAACCUCAACAACUUUCUCGAUAAGGCUGCACUACAAGGCUACAACAUGUCAACUUUCAUCAGACGCUACAGCCGCUACCUGAAUGAAAAAGCCAUGUCUUACAGACUAGCGGCGGUGGACUUCACCAAGAUGAAGAGGGGAGCCGACGGCGUGAUGCGCACCAUGAACACAGAGAAGCUGAUUAAGACUCUGCCCGUCAUUCAGAACCAGCUGGAUGCACUGCUGGAUUUCCAGCCGAACUCCAACGAACUGACCAACGGUGUCAUCAACACAGCGUUCAUGUUGCUCUUUAAAGACUCCAUACGGUUGUUCGCCGCUUAUAACGAAGGGGUCAUCAACAUGCUGGAGAAAUACUUUGACAUGAAGAAGAACCAGUGCAAAGAAGCGUUGGAGAUCUACAAGACGUUCCUCAACAGGAUGACCAAACUGUCCGAGUUCCUCAAAGUGGCAGAGCGAGUUGGGAUAGAUCAGGGCGACAGCCCCGAUCUCACACAGGCUCCUAGCUCUCUCCUGGAGGCUCUGGAGCAGCAUCUAGCCUCUCUGGAGGGAAGGAAGCUCAAGGACAUCUCCACAGCCAGCAGAUCCAGCACCUUGUCCAGUACAGUGUCCUCUCUCUCCAGCACUGGCAUCUCACUCAGUCGCAUGGAUGACAAGACAGAGGACAACAGGCUGCAGCAACACAAGGACGACGGUCACAAAGUGAUCGACAUUCAGACGCCCACUGUGUCCCCCAGCGCCCAGUCAGUGGGCAGUGCCAACAGCAGUGGAGGAACCACAGAUCUCUUCUCGAACUCGCCCAUCGUACCCAUCCAUAACCAUGUGCCAAACCUGACCAGUGAGCUGUUCACCCUGCAGCCAAACUUCACCCCCAUUCAGACCACACACACUGUGCCCAACAAUAACAAUGCCUGGGGAGGUGACCUGCUGAAGCCAGCUCCGCACACUCAAAUCCACAGCCCAGGAGCCCCGUUGCACUCUGGGAAAAUGCUGCCCAAUGAUUUGGAUUCUUCAUUAGCCAACCUUGUUGGUAAUUUGCAGUUUGGAGGGACACCAGCCAAAAAGCCGGAGCUCCAGUGGAGUCAGCUGGUGGAGAAGAAGCCAACAGGAGGAAGUGGCUGGCAGUCAAAGACCAUGUGCACCAGCACCAACUGGACUCACACCACCCAUCCCAUGGCACCUGCACCCAUGCCCGUCCCUCAGAUGGUAACUCAAACACUCUUAUCCAAUGGGAUGAUCUAUACUGGCUAUGCUCCAGCACCAGUGGCUUUUCCUAUGACAACACCCCAAGUGCCUGUGUAUGGAAUGCUCCCUCCUCAGAUGAGUCACCAGAUAGGGGGCGUUCCCAUGAUGCCCCCACAGCCUGUCAUGUACAACCAGCCUGUCCUGAGACCUACCAAUCCCUUUGGACCCAUCCCAGGGACACAGAUGCACUUCAUGUAGGGAUGAUGUUGUAACCAUGGCAGCAAAGGUGGAAAAAAAAAGAGAGAGAGAAAGAGAGAGAGAGAAAAGGCAAGAGGGAAGAGACGGAAGAGAAGGAGUCGAAAGAAAAAUGCAUCCAGAACCAAACGGCCGUGCAGGAGGAAGAAUGACGAAGACAGAGAGAGAAAAAGGGAGGGGUGAGGAUGAAGGAGAGAGGAUCAGAGGACGGAUAAGGGAUGAAAAGCUGAUCUCUAUUCCUACGUCGCCUGACCCUCUAAUCACCUCUCCUCUCUCCGUGUGACUACUGAUCUCACUGUCUUUGAAUCUGUAAUGCCGGGGCACUAGAGGGCCCCAUGUCAGUCCCACUCAUCCUGUUUGAUUUGCCAGUUCAGACGGUGAAUAUGACCUGUGAUGUCACUACGAAAAACUGACAGCUCUAAUGGAAGUGCAGCAGCUCAGCUGCCACUUCCCGGCCUCCUCAUCCAGAUUAUUUCCUCUAUAAAAACUGAACCCACAUCACUCUCCGUCCCACAACUGAAUCAAACCUGGAGAGGGCGCGCGUCUCUUUCCCCGAUUGGAUCGUUUGCUGGCACUUUACUCAAUGUGAACUUUGCCAAGGGUGUGCGUCAGUGUGGGUGAAUUUUAGCAUCUUGUUCCGAUUGGUUUCCCGGUUGCGCGUCAUCCGUCAGCUGAUGUCGGGGAGCGAUCGAUUUGUUGAUUUGAAUGCGCACGUGUGUGUGUGUGUGUGUGUGUGUAUGUGUCCCUUUUUCUACAUUUCAGUGUGCUGCAUCAACAUUACCAUGUGAGUCAUUUUUAAGAGCUCAAUUUGUUCUAAAUUGCCAACCUCACAUUUAAGAAUCUGGCGUGGAACGAUCAUUUGCCGGCACGCAUGUUUGUGUGUACGUGUGUGUGGGGGUGGACGUGGACGUGGACGUAGCUGUGUAAGUUAUGUACUGUCUGUUUCUCUUUUGGUACCUGAUGUCAUUACUGUGUUGCCAGGUACCAACGUGUUACUGCACUGGAACUAACUGAUGAAAGCACUGAGCCACAGCCAGGCAUCAUAUUUGGAUGUAAACAAACCUCUUACACUAACUUUGCUACUUGGGGACAUGCUGUACACACUGUAUCUUUUCUUUCUUUUUGUUUCUCCUCCUCUACAGCUGUGCAAUACCAUGCAACCCUGUUAUUGUCUUUUCCACACAUCUGUAGCUUGUUUAGAAGCUGUUUCCUGCUGUAGUGUUGUACCUCUUGUGUGUCUAUCAGGUUUCUGUACAGAAUGCCUUUUCUUUUCACCGGUUGUUUUACCAGUACUGCUCUAAAAGUAGUGAAAAAUGCACUGAGAGCAAGAUGGGAGAUGUGACUGGAUAUAUACGGAGAUGAUUCUCUAUCUUGCCAAUCAGAGUAGGUCUAAUUCUCAAUUGUAAGAUUUACUCCCUGUCCCAAGCAUUCUUCUUCGCCCCAAAUUCGUAUCUUUUGAAGUCCCACUACUCUCCAAAAAAACGGGCUAAUUAGUGCAGCAGUUGUCUCACCUACGCGUGAAGGAACAUAGAGAUAAAAACCACUAAUGUAAUGUUAACAUUUGUGGGCAGGAUAGUUAAAGGUCAGUUUGAGGAGACAACUGAAGACCAGAUUCUUGGAAAAGCAACUGAGGGAAUAAUCUGCCAGUCACGACCGUGGGUAACGCCUGCAGUGACGACACACAGAUCAUUUCGGACAGUCAGAGGCGCGGGGGGGGGAGGGGGGGAGGAACUUAAUGAAACGUUUAAUGUUAAUGUGGCUUUUCUUGCAAACCCAAGGUCAAGCUGGACCCAGUGACAGAUGAUAUAUAGAAAUAUAUCCACACAUUUAUAGCACAAACCUUCAAAGAGGGAAUAACACUCUGCUGCACAAAAUCUAAAAUCAUUGCUGGGAUGUACAGUUGAAAGGGGCAAUAAUUGAGUGGGGGUGACGUUGUUUUCUAUUGAUCGUGUCUGUUCUAUGUACAUGUACUGUACGUGUGUUUGUGUGCUCAUGCCUUCCCGUAGAGAUAAACAGGGUCAUGUUUCUCGGUUAGAGAGUAAAAGGACUCUGGCGAGCUGGUAGCGUGUACUAACUUAGCAGUGAGCGCUAUUGUGACCUUGCCCAUCUGUCCACCACAUCGACUCGAGGUGUACUCUAUGCUCACUCGCCUGAGGGGAUGAAAAUGCAAGAAGAAGAGAACCCAGAGUCGUACGACCUGGGAUCUCAAAGUAAAUCUGGUCCCCGACAGUUCGCGCUGCACAGGGUGGCGAUUUCUAACAAAAAUGUGGACUGUUCUGUGACGCGUCGCUACGGUUCAAAUCGUUGAACGGUAACCUGCUGGAUUGGUGAAAAACCCUCUCCCUCUGUGCCUGCAGCUACUACCACUCCUCCACCAGCAGAGACACCUCUGUGUUAGAAAUCCUCACCGAGCAGACGAGGUUUCUAAAUAAGCCGUAGCCGUAGACAUUUGGAUAUCUCCUAUGGAAAGUUAUUUCACUCCCAUCACUCUUGUUCCAGUGGUUUGUCUUUCUCCGUCAGCCGAAUGCUCUUUUCAUAGUGCACUUCAUUCUACAACGCAGUUCGAUCCAUCCUGGGCCAACCUCUGACUGUUACCGUGUCCUCUGUAUAUAGGUAAUGCUGUUCAUGUGUUUUUAGACGUGCUCUCUCUGUUAAGUGAUUGAAGCCCCAUUGGAUGACAUUACUGUACGUGGGACAAUUUAUUGCUGUAUCUGUGUUUGAAUGGUUGUAUUUUGAAGGUGUCAUCAUCCAGGGACGGGUGGGGAUGGGCAGGGUUGAUGUUUGUGAUGUUUAUGUCCAUCUUGAGGAGGAAGGGGGUUGGGGUUUUUGGGGUGGGGGGGGUCAAGGGUAAAUUAUCACAACUGGUCUACACCAAGAGUGUCUUCAUCGAGGGAGUGGACAGGACAGGGUCUGUCCUCUUCGAAACAGGAACAUUUUUUUGCACCAAAGUCAUCAUCAAAGCGCAGCUUCUUCUACUUAUUCAAGGUCACGACGGAUGGACGAUAUCAGAACUCAAAAAGGAUUUCUGUUCUUUUUAUUUUUAGACAAAAAAAAAAACAAACUGUCUUUCUUUUGCAUGAUUAAGUGUCGUCUUUUUAUUGGCUUGUGUGCUCGGUAAAAGCAUGACCAUUGUGUGAACUCUCACUUACCGGUGUGUUUGGAAAACGUUAAGGAAAUUUCUUCACAAGAUUUUUUUUUUUACUUACCUCUCGACAUGACAACGUUCAUUGACAUUCAUAAUCAACCAUGUUUUACAAUGUAGGGGUCCGUAACUGUUUGAAGGCUGUCUCGCAUGCAGCAAUGCAACCUGCAAGUAACUCAUCAAACUUCAAACCCAGUUACCAGAACUGCAUCUUUGUAAAACACCAUGGAUGUCAAUGCCGGUUAUCACCUAGCUAGCUACACAUUGCAGUCUUGUAAAAUCGCUCUUUAUUAAAGCGUUGCUAUUUUCAAUACUUGUGUUUGAAUGCUCGCUCCUUUUUCAUACUACGCCAGCAGCGUUGUGGGAGGUUGUGAUUGAAAGUCAAAGUACUGUAUUACUGUACGUGUUUGGUCUGGUCCACAUUGUGUGGUGUUUUUUUAUGUUUGCCAAGUCUUGUCCUGUCUGUUGCCAUCAACUGGACUUGUUUGUCCAGUCAUUCUGUAAAGCACUCGGUGGUUUUCCUGAAAGCAGGCUCAGAUCCACUUAAAAGUACAGUGUGUAAGAUUUAGGUAAAAUUACUUUCAUUUGGCAGAGAUUGUUGGUAAAAUAGUAAUACGCCAUUUUUGUGUACAAUCGCUUGAUUUUAUGAAUUGUUGUUUUGUCCAUUUCCCCCAGAAUGAGCCGCCAUUGUGGCUUUGUAGCCAGUAUUAAGAAUCUGACGUUCCUUCAUCCCACCUCACAAUAAAUGUUGCUAAAUUUUACACACUGUACGAGUUUCCAACUUGAUUUUGAGACACUUCCAGCAAACCAGGCCAGAUUUUUGAGAUCGGUUACAUCGUCCUUACACACCAAUGUCAGUAAUGUCUCUGUACACUAUAUUUUUGUAGCCAUUGUUAUCAACGACUCACCUCAAAGCUGCUGUCAGCGAUGUCGUCUUUUACAAACUUACUGCCUGUUGUUAGAAUUCUCCUCACGUCAACAUGUUAAUUCAUUAGCUGGGUGGGUAUUUAUUUCCUGCCAAACAGCCUAAUUGGAAAAGUUUCUCCGAGAUUUACUGUCCAGACUCCAGGGACUGAGAGACACCUCACUGUCCAUAUGCUCAAGAUCAGCGAUCACUAUCAAAUGAUACAGUUCUUUAACCUGUACUUAACUUAGCUAUCACACAGACAGCAGCUUUUUAUGAAUUUGCUUAUUUUUCUUCUCCUCUGCUAAGUCAAUGUUAGAGUAAUAGCAUAAUUACUUUAUGUCCAGCUAAUAAUUACAGUAUUUAAUGAAUUGCAGUUUGAAAAAAAACAAACCCCACUGCAACAGAAGUCUGGUAGAGUACGUAUUUUAUCUCACGCAUAUAUUGGACUUGUCACUUAAAAUCCAGUAUAUGUACAUUAAUCGUCAGGACACACUAGACUUUUACUCCGCCCUGUUUUUCAAGAACAAAACGACACAGGAGAUGAAUUCAAGACGUAGUUAGUGCAGUGCUGCUUCGAGUAUUUUGUCUCCUGUGAUUGAAUACUCAGAAGCACAUCUACUGUUGACUCAAGUGUCUGCAGAUACUUGAUAGGGAUCCACACAAAACAGGACUUUGUAUUCAUCACCGAAGCUACAACACUGGACGACGCCAGCAGCUGGAAUUCAAACGUUAUUAGAGCGGACGGUGCAUUUUUGUGGAUUUGCCAGAUGCAUGAUGUCUCUUCAAAUCAAUGCUCUACCCUUUGUCUAUUCCAGUGCACUGGACGUCUUGUUAAAUUAUACUACAGUAUUUUCAGUAUUGUGUAUACCGUGUUCACCAUACACUUUUUUUUUUCCUUUUACCAUCCAACUGUAAACUGCCAUCGUUGAGAUCAUGAAAUUCAGCAGUGUCCAUGAUAAAUUAGCAGGGAGUGAGGUUCCACACCUUCAAUUUCCUCUUAAUUUCUUUUUGUAUAUCAAAGUGAUUAAAUUAUUUACAGGUUUGGAUUGUUAUCAAAUGAUUGGUUUUUAUUUGAGAAGCAUAGGUUGAUGUUUUUGGAAGAAAAUGGAAUAAAAUGUCAUCUGAUGCCAAGCUCUAA